CCCUUACACUGAGCCCUAUUGGAGACAAUUAAGUAAAAUCACCAGCCCAUAACAAUUCCCCAAAAAACUCUACCCAAGACCAUUCCAAUUCUACUACUGCUCCAUGGUGGACGUUACUGCAUAGGGCAUGUCUCAUUUGUGCACCAAAACAUUCCAAUGAGGGAGGAAAGAAGGGAAGAGCCCAUCAAAGACACUAACUUGUACUUUCAAUUGGAAUGCAGUACCGUGUUUUAUUUGUACUAAAAAUUGACUGAAAUGAUCAGUAAGUCUCAGUGCCCGGUGUACUCUGAUCUCUUCAGCAGAGAAUUUAUAAAUCGAUUGUCCAGUUUGCUGAAAUAAAUAGAAAAUGGCCAAAGUUGAAAAGUUUGCUCUUCAUGUCCCAAGUCUAGAGGAACUUUCUGGGGUCCUGCAGAAUGGGCUUAAAGAGAACUUUGCUGAUGUCCAGGUCUCUGUAGUAGAAUGCCCUGAUCUGAGUCAUGAUCCCUUCAACUUUCCUGUUAAAGGAAUCUGUGGGAAGCCUAGAAUAGCAGAUGUGGGAGGUGUUCCUUACCUGGUGCCUCUUGUACAAAAAGAUAAAGUUUAUGACCUGAACACCGUUGCAAAGCAAAUAGAGUUGCCUGGAGCUUUCAUUCUUGGAGCUGGAGCUGUGUCCUCUAGGAUUCUUGGAGUAAAUGCUGAGUUUAUCCCAGUUGCUCAAGCUGAGAGUGAACAAAAGCCUGCUGUAAAUGCAAGUUAUACCGUUCAGAUUAAUCCUGCAGAUGGAGGGUGCCUGCUGGAGAAGUACAGCAACAAAUAUAGUGACUGUGAAUUUGGACUUCUGGCCAACCUGUAUGCCAGUCAGGGCCAACCUGGCAAGGUUAUUGAAGUGAAAGCCAAUGGAAGAACUGGACGGCAUAACUUUGUGACCUGUAUGAGACAAAUUAUAGAAAAAUGCUAUGGAGAUAAACCAGUUGGGAUAGGAGGUACAUUUGUCAUUCAAAAGGGGAAAGCAAAGAUUCAUAUCAUGCCCCCAGAAUUUUCUGCCUGUCCUUUAAACACUGACGAGGAAGUGAAUAAUUGGCUCCAUUUUUUUGAAAUGAAGGCUCCGUUGAUUUGUCAGCCAGUACUAAUUUCCAGAGAUCCAGGGUUUGAUCUGCGACUGGAGCACACUCAUUGUUUCAGUCACCAUGGUGAAGGAGGACACUACCAUAAUGACACUACACCAGAUAGUGUGCAAUAUCUGGGAUAUUUUUUGCCUGCAGAAGUUCUCUUUCGUAUUGAUAGACCCAAGGAGUCUCAUAUGGUUGGGAGAGAUUAAACCCAUGGAUGCACACUUAGUUUGGAGUGUAAGGAUAGCAAUUAAUUUUUAAAAAUGAAAUAUUGGAUUUGAUCAUUCUUUUAAUUGACAUCAAGCACACACAUGAAAAGCUGGCAUUUUAUUGCAGCCUUAGCCUUUUUAAAGAACGGGACACGUUCAGAGUUUAGAUUGAAAUUGUUUGAAUUCAAAUAACUAUCACAAAUUAAUUUUUAUCCAAACAUCAAAGUCAAAUAGUUUGUAUUAAUGAUUUAUUUUGUUCCAUUUUGAUUACUUUAGGCAGGCAUUACUAGGUGAUUUUUCUCUGGCUGUAGAAAGCCAUCAUUGAAUUAAUGAGAGCUCCAUAUUCUAAAUGGAAGAGGAAAAGAGAUGCCAAUCAAGAAUCAUGUGGUAACAACACUACAAUUCAUACUCUGAUAUUGACAUGGCUGUGUGCCAUUCUAGCCAUAUGUGCCCUAGUGGGUUAUAUGUGGGUAAUGGGAUUGGCCACUUAUUUUAAUCAGUGAUUAGAAAUAAAAGGAAGGCACUUGUAGUUCCACUCAUGUAACUUCUAGCUCAGCAGGACUACAGGGUGAUGCAAUCUUACAUCUACAGGAGUCAAUGGCAAUACCCCGUUGAUUUCACUGAGAGCAUAGGGGACCUACAGGUUGGAAAUGCAAACUUGUCAAAGAGGGACUUUGCUCAUAGUUAGCUAGCUCAUAAGCACCAGUAACAACUUAACAAGCACAGGACCAUUUCCAGGGUUUUAAAUGUUGAUGUUGCUAUCAUGCCAUGGGUGCUUGAUUAUUUUCUCAUACCAGUGUAAAUGAGGAGUAACUGUAUUGAAGUGAGUGGAUUUACAGUGGGCUGACUGAAGGAUCAGGCCCUAUUUGUUUCUAGUUUUGAAUAAGGCUGAAGUACAGGAGCACUUUGUCAGCAUUUUUUUCUUUACACUCUGAUGAUAAUUGUGUCAUUUAUCCUGCCAAUAAAGUUUUACUGAAUUGAAUUGAAACUGUCUUACUUGCUGUCAAGUGGGAUAUUUCUAGGCUGUGAAUAAACCCUGAUUAGUAGUUAAAGA